UGCCUCCACCAAAUGAUCCACCAAUGUGACAUGUUGCGCUGCAGCCGGAUGCCUGUGUGUCAAACAGAGCCGUUAGUGUUUAUUUUCAUCCGCUACUUAUUUCUACUUUAACGGCUGGAGCAGAAAAUCGUUGUCCUUAUGAAGUAUGGCCACAGUAAAAAAGGACGACCGACUGACAAGUUCUCAAAGUUUACUGUGCGUCGGUUUUGCCGGGAUUUUUAGCAAAACAGUAACGUCGCCUCUGGAAGUCGUGAAGAUUUUGAGUCAAAUAGGAACAUUUCACUGUAAACGCGGAUUCAUCCACAGCUUUGUUUUUAUUUGUCAGAAUGAGGGACUUCGAGCUUUUUGGAAGGGGAAUAUGGUUUCCUGUCUACGGUUGUUUCCCUACAGUGCUAUACAUUUAGCAACUUACAAAAACAUUGUCCACCUUCACAUUGAUGAACAGGGUGAUAUCUCGCAAUGGAGAGCUAUAGUUGCCGGUGGGCUGGCAGGAAUAUCUGCCGCUCUAGCAACAUAUCCACUGGAGGUGGUUGAAACCAGACUUAUUGCUCAGAAUUGCCAAGAACCAACAUACAGAGGGUUGCUGCAUUCUCUCUCCACCAUCUACAGAAAUGAAGGACUUCAGGCUCUCUACAGAGGUUUUUCACUCACUGUGUUAGGUGCCGUUCCCUUCUCUGUUGGCUGCUAUGCGGUGUAUGUCAAUUUGGACAAGCUGUGGCAGGAGCGUCAUGUUCGCUUCACGUCUUUGCAGAACUUCAUCAAUGGCUGUCUUGCAGCAGGAGUCGCUCAGACUCUUUCCUUCCCCUUUGAAACUGUUAAAAAGAAGAUGCAGGCCCAGAGUCUUCUUUUGCCCCACUGUGGAGGAGUUGAUGUCCAUUUUAAUGGGAUGAUAGACUGCUUCAGACAGAUCAUCAAAAACAAGAGCAUUGUGGCUCUUUGGAGUGGCCUUACAGCCAACCUGGUGAAGAUUGUCCCAUAUUUUGGCCUGCUUUUCAGUUGCUUUGAGAUGUGUAAGCAAGUGUGUCUUUACCGGAAUGGCUACAUCAUUUCUCCACUAAGCUACCAACCUAAACCAGGCGUGGACCAGAGCCUGGGCCCACAUGAACUGCAGGAGUUUAAGCGCUACCUGAGAAACAGAAAAUCACACAAAGCACAGAGUUCAUCCAUAGGAAACCGCUGGUAACUAAUCCAACAGGAGUUAUCAGUAAUAAACAAAACUCUGAGAAGUGCAUUGA